CUUAGUAUGAGUAGUACGUUAGUAUUGGCAAUAGCACGAGAGAAAAGCCUCCAUGAGCCCAUGUAUAUUUUCAUUUUGUUUCUCUCUGUGAACUCACUGUACGGCACUGCUGGCUUUUUCUUCAGAUUUCUCAGAGACCUUCUGUCUGACUCUCACUUGAUCUCAAGACCAGCUUGCUUCACUCAGAUCUAUGUCAUUUACACCUAUGCAUCCUAUGAGCUCACUCUUUUAGGAAUAAUGCAUAUGAUCGGUAUGGUCGCUAUAUGUCAGCCUUUACAUUACCACAACAAAAUAACUGCCAGAACGAUCUGUAAGUUGUUUGUCAUUGCAUGGAUCUAUCCGCCGUUAGCUGUUGGGACCUGUGUUUAUUUGUCCUCCAGGCUUCCACUAUGUGACAAUAAGAUACCAAAGGUUUUCUGUGCCAACUGGAACAUAGUAAAAUUGUCAUGUGUCUCUACUGUGCUCAAUAAUCUUGUUGGCAUGCUGGUGUCCACAACUAUUAUUCUGUCACUGGAGUUUGUUGUGAUUCCUCCCAUUUUGAAUCCUCUUGUGUACGGCUUAAAGUUACCAGAAAUUAGAAAAAUCAUGUUAAGAAUGUUCAAAACCUGCCCAAGCAGUUAA